GGUGACACUGAGUGAGACGCUCACGCCCCUUUAAGACAGAAAGUCCGUUGGAACCGUCUGCUGCUCCCUGGUCUCUGGAGAUGAGGCGGGAGGACUUGGGGACAGCUGUGGAGACACGGCCCAGAUGAUCCGGUCCUGGCAGAAGUGACUGGCGGGGAUCAGGAUGCUGGAAGGUCAGCUCGAGGCCGGGGAGCCCACGGAGGGCACCCACCCAGAAGACCCAUGCCCGGGAGCUGGGACUGCCAUGGAGAAGACAGCUGCGGCAGCCGAGGUCCCCAGGGAGGAUGGCAAUGCCGGGGAGAUGACGCCAUUACAGCAGCAGAUCACCAGACUCCACCAAGAGCUCGGGAGACAGGAGUCUCUGUGGGCUGAUGUUCACAGAAAACUCCAGAAUCAUAUAGAUGCUUUGAGGAAGCAGAACCUGGAGCUGCGAGAAGAGCUGAGAGGUCUGCAGAGGCAGCAGUGGAAAGCCAGGAAGAAACCUGCAGCGCGCCCACACACAGGGCGAGAAUCACACACUCUGGCAUGGGAACCUGCUUUUGGAAACAUUUCACCUCUGUCAGUUGAUGAGGAGACGAUGCCCAAAUACGUUGGCCGCAAGAGUCAGAGUGCUGCUGUCCUGGGACAAAGAUCGUCAUCUAACAGCUUAACUCCUCCAAAGCCAAUGAGUUUAAAGACAGAAAGAAUUAACUUGGGGACAACACCACCACAGGAAGAUAGAGAGAAAGGUCCUCCCGGGAGACAUCAAGACGGAAAUCCGACACCCACUGGAAGGCUGACUCCUGGUGCAGAAAAACGGGGGGUGUCUGAAGAUGAAAAGGUUAUGCACCCAUCUUCCCGAAGUCCGCAGAACUCCAGUGGCAGAAAAUCACCAGUGCAGGCUUCCCAGGCCGCUACACUGCAGGAGCAGACGGCAGCAGCUGGAGGAGCUGACGGAAGCUCAUCAGUCUUAGAGAGUUCUGAAGGUGUAUUUCUCAGCCACGUUCAAGCUGACGAGUUGACCGGUUCUUCCCCAAACAUUGAAGAGCUGCAGGUAGAAAAAUUCUACCCCGAUGGCUCCAAAGAAAUUGUGUUUCCCGACGGGACAGUGAAACAUCUCAAGGAUGGACAGGAAGAGACCUUAUUUCCUGAUGGGACAAUCGUAAGGGUGGAAAGGAAUGGCGACAAAACCAUUGUGCUCAGCAAUGGACAGAAAGAAAUCCACACGGCCCAGUUCAAGAGGAGGGAGUACCCAGAUGGCACCGUAAAGACUGUGUAUUGCAGCGGCUGUCAGGAAACCGAGUACGCCUCCAGGAGGGUUAAGAUCAAAGAUGAAGCUGGAAACAUCAUCCUGGACAAGAAGCAGAUGAGCCCUCAACACGCAGAGUCACAUGGGAAACGCCAAUUGCAGUUUUUUGCUAAAACAGACAAAAACUAA